AUGGCAAGCAACAAUGACGAUUCCCGACGCGACAACCGUCGCCCCGAGGAUAACCCCUUUAUCGCCUUUCGCCGGUUCGCCGACUCCCAAGUCUCCUCUCUCCUGAACACCGUCUUCACCCUUCCCGCCACCCUCGCCAACUACAACAACGCGCACCAGGCACGCGAGCGAUGCCUUUUUGGAAAGGCCGACCAGCGCCAGUGCGACAGGCUCCAUGGUAUUGAAGCCGAGAUCGCCGAGCUGCGCAACGAAGGGCGAGAGCUGUUUAGGGUGGGCGAUGUGCAAGCUGUCCUGCGCAACAGCGAGGAGCUUAUGAAGCUCGACCGCAAAGCCGACGAUAUCAGGAGAGAGAUUUUACAUGACUCGGACGGAGAGACCCAAAAGGACAUGGCGCGUGGAAGCGACACGGAGCUUGUGGAGAGAGUGGCCAACAAGAAGGGCCAGGAGUGGGGAUGGUCGUGGGACUGGGGCUUUCCUAGACCCUUUGAUCACGAGCGUCGAAAUGCCCGGGAAACUUCCGAAGAACAGGAUGCCGACGUCUUCGCAGCCCUGGAAAGGCUGUUACGCCUACAAGCGGAAGCGUCGCGACUUGCCCAAGACUUUGAGGACAAGGCGUGGAACGACUCGGCCACAAAAGUACCUCGUAUAUGGUCAUGGUCAAAAUCGUGGCAGUGGCCGCCACAGGCAGAUGCAUCGCAGCCUGACAACGAUCCAUACUCGCCUCGCGCGCUCGAACAGAAUCACGCUCUGGACAAAGCGGGUGUGCCGUGGCGCGUCGCGUACGAAGACCUUCUGCGCAUCAAACAAAACGAGCGGCCGCACGAUGCGGCAAGUGAAGAACGUACGGAAUGGGCAAAUGGCAAGAUUCCCGUCACACAGCGCCAGUCGCAAGAGGAAAUGGAGCGUGGCAACGAGUCCAGCUAUCCGCGCCUUGCUGCGCAGGAUGAACCAAGUUACGAAUAUAGUCACGACCACGAAGACCAGCACGAUGAUCCGCCCACGCCCAAGCGCGCCCAAUUUCCCUUCAACGCAUUCCGCCGGGAUGCCUCAUCACAACCACCAAGAGCGGCGGCAGAAUAUGGGGAUUACCUGAAGGAAUGGCAAGAAGCCGCAACUGAAAUGGACGCGUAUGAACACCUUGAUGCCACGUCAGCGAAUACCGCAGUCUCUUCUUCUUCGCGAACCGACAAGACCAACGAAGCGAACCCCUCGAUCCUAUCCACACUCACAACUACGGAACGCACUGUUGCCCCUGACGGCUCCAUCACCACAAAAGUCAUGCUCAAGAAGCGCUUCGCUGACGGCCGUGAAGAAAGCUCAGAAACAGUCCAUACGCAGCGCGGGCAGGAAACCGAUGCGCCUGCGCGAGACCCCUGGAAGGCACUGCAGAAUGCGCAGUCGAGCUCUUCGUCUGAAGGCGAAGCCAACAAGAAGAAGAAUGGAUGGUUUUGGUCUAGUUGA